CGGAUUUAUUUCAUUCCGCCACUAACAACAUGGCGGCUACCAUGGGGUUGAGCGGUGUGGUACCCCUUUUAAAAAACUUAUCCUGCCGUGCUUAUUUAUAUCAAGUUAGGUUUUAUAGAAUUUCUCAUGCAGGAGUCUCGAUAUCACUCAAAUCUACUCCGAAGCUUCUACAUCAGAGAAUAGGUCCCGGGUUAAUAUACAAAGAAAAUUUGAGAUCAACUACUUCUCACUUCCACACAUCAUCAUCGUUAAGCCGUGAUUACUAUGACGUAUUAGGUGUCCCUCGUAAUGCAUCUGCAAAGGAAAUUAAAAAGGCAUACUAUCAGUUAGCAAAGAAAUAUCAUCCAGAUGUAAAUAAAGGUGAUCCUUCUUCACAGAAGAAGUUUACUGAAGUAUCGGAAGCUUACGAGGUCCUAAGUGAUGAAGAGAAACGUCGACAGUAUGACACCAUGGGUCACACAGCAGAGCAGAUGGGAAGAGCAGGAGGAAUGGGGGGAGCGGGAAGUCCAUUCCAAGGGGGCUGGAGUUACCAGACAACUAUAGACCCUGAAGAACUGUUUAGAAAGAUAUUCGGUGAUUUUAGAAGAGGAGGUAUAGACUUUGGAGAGGAAGAUUUUGCGGAGUCCAGGUUUGGAUUUGGAUCUGCGCAAGAGAUUACUAUGAAUCUUACAUUUUCACAAGCAGCACGAGGUAUUAACAAAGAUGUAACGUUGAACACUGUAGAUAUAUGCCCUAAGUGUACAGGAUCAAGAUGUGAACCUGGUACAAAGCCUAACAGAUGUCAGUAUUGUAAUGGCACUGGAAUGGAAACUAUAUCCACAGGUCCUUUUGUUAUGCGCCAGACAUGUCGAUAUUGUCAUGGGACACGAAUGCAUAUAAAAUAUCCAUGUACAGAAUGUGAGGGUAAAGGCCAGACUGUCCAACGAAAGACAGUUACUGUUCCAGUUCCUGCAGGUGUUGAAGAUGGUCAAACGUUGCGCAUGACAGUAGGUAGAAAAGAAGUGUUUGUAAGAAUCAAUGUAAGCAAAAGUGAUUAUUUCCGGAGAGAUGGUGCUGAUGUCCAUACAGACGUUACUGUAUCGCUAGCUCAAGCUGCUCUUGGUGGAGCAACUAGAAUACAAGGAAUUUACGAAGACAUUACGUUAGAUAUUCCUCAGGGUACACAGUCUCAUUCAAGAAUAAGAUUAAAUGGAAAAGGCAUGAAGCGUAUUAAUUCUUACGGUUAUGGAGACCAUUACGUUCACGUAAAGAUUAGAGUACCUGCAAAGCUUACGCCAGAGCAGAAAGCCUUAAUGACAGCAUUGGCAGAACUUGAAACUGACACACCUGGGACAAUAAACGGCAUCACUUAUACCAAAGAUGGAAAACAAGUUGCUAUAGAAGAAAGUGAAGUGCUGAAGAGGAUCCGUUCCAUACUUGGAGGAGAUAUCCAAGAGCUUGGUUGUAAAAAAGUUGCAGAUGAUGUUGAGGAUGCAGCCCAGGAUACUAAACAAUCAGAAGAAAUCAAGAGAGACAAAGGAUAAAUUUUAAAAAAUUAUGUCCUUGAAAGUUUACAGUUAGAGAUUUGGUCUAGGAGCUGAAAAAUUUAGUCACUUCAGUCACUUCCUGAUUAAAUAAAUCUAAAGAUUGCUAUUAAGUUUAGCAGUUCUGAAGUACUAAGUCAUCAGUGUGCAGGUAUUUAGCAUAUUUUAAAAGUAUAUUCACCAUUCUUAAUUUUUUCAAAAUACUAUGAAUCUUUGUAUUGACUAUGCAUAGGUCUUUCAGUGCAAAAAAAGCUUUUAUUUUGGUCCAGUAAGGUUACUGUUGUUAAUUUAAUAGACCAUAAUGUAAAUACUGUCUCACCUGCAAAAUGACCCACCUGCAAUUGUAGCCAUUCAUUUUCUCUUUAAAGAAUAUUUAAUAUAAUUUUUGUAGCCAUAUCUAGCAUAAAAAAAACUACUUCAAGUUUUUGGUCUGUGGGUAUUUAAUGCAGGAAAGUAAUUGUGAUAUAAAUGGAAGAAUGUUAAAUUUUUUGGAAAAAAUCAAAUUCUAUUUGCAUUCCAUGGUAUUGAUGAUUUUGUCUUUUAUAGACAGUCUCCAUGGAAGGAUUAUUAGCUAUAUAAGAAACUAUUCUCAUACUAAAGUAUAAAAAUGCUAAGAAUAUGGAUGUUAUUGGAGUAAAUUUUUUUUCUUUUAAUCCAUAUGAGUAAAGUUUUUUUUUUUAUGGGGCCACAGGUGUUUAAAUGUACAGAGAUCUAUUCCAUGUUAUUGUACAUAAAGUUGGUAUUAAAAUUACCUUUCUGUCAUAA